UCCAAAACCAGCACACCGCUCAUUCGUCAACAAAGAGAGAUUUUUCGACUUUGAUACUCGUUAUUGUUUUUUUCUCUUAGUCUUUCCGGCGCGUCGCUCUCUCCACACCCCUAAUCACAACCAACGACAAGAACCUGUCAAAAAUGUCUGCCAACAACUGGAGCACUGGCUUGUUUUCAAUCUUUGACGACUUGGCCAUCUUCAUCUAUGCCGCGGCUGCACAAUGCCUCGCCGUCAACAAUAUCGUCAUGAUCAAAGAGGGCAAAGGCGCGUUCAAUAUUGACGGAGCCAAGAUUGCAGGCCCGUGCAAGGGAAUGGGCUGCACCACCACUGACGGCGCCAUGUGCAUCAGUGGUUGCAUUUGCCAAAUUCUGCCCUGUGUCUACCCGCUUUGGCGUGGCGACUUGCGCCAAAAGUAUGGCAUCAAGGGCUCCCUGGUGGGCGACUUUCUCGCGCUGUGCUACUGCUGCACGUGCGCCAUCAUGCAGGAUUCGCGCGAGAUCAAGGUGCAAGGUCUGGGCUACGGAAAUCUCACCAGCAAGACCAUGGACAAGGCGUGAGGGACGAGUUGUGUUGCGACGCCGAAAGUGCUCGUUUGGAUCCUUGCGUUUGUGCAUGAAUGGGUGUUUUUUGCGACGAUUUGAUGGUGACAAUAAUGCUGCUGCUGCUUUUGAAUGAACAAUGUACAGUACACGAUCGUAACAAAGGUUGCACCAUUCGAACUUGCGCGUAGGAAAGACUUGCAAAUCUCGGUAUAAAAACUGUUUUGGUG